AAAAGCUCCGUUCAAGGAAAAAGCACAGAAAGAUGUGGGCAGAGAGAGAGAGAAUCUAGACAAUGUGCAACACACACACACCCAUGCCCCUCACUUCCUCAAAAGCACAUAAAAAUCCUUAUUUUUUUUCCGCUUUAUUUUAUUCGGUAGAUACGUUGUUGUGAUAUAACAAGAAUCAGUUGGCCAAUCCGGGAAGAGAAAGAGUGAAUCCCUGGCCCAUCUGGUGAAUGCAAGAAAAAGGUACUUCCACUGUACAGGAUAACAAGAAGACCAAAUGUUACACAAUUUCCAGCUUCCCUGCCCGGGUUUAGAGAGAGAGAUAAAGAAGAGAUCUUGAAUUCUCUAUCUUAUCCAGGCUCAGACUGAUCAUCAGACUUGUUUCGAUUGAUCGUCUUUGUAAGGUUGCGUUCUUGAAAUGUCUUUUGCAGUGCAAUUGCAGCUUUUUUGGUUGUGGGUGUGCUCCUUCCUUUACUGUUGGCUUUUAGCCAAAGAGAGGGAUCUACCUUCUUUGCUCUGAUUCCUGUCAUUUUUUAGAAGAUUGGGUGAAGGUUUGGGCUUUUUAAGAUUACUGCAAUGGGGACUAAGAUACAAUGCAAGACAGUUUUGCCCUCAUUCUACUCUGUGAAGGACAUAGAUGGAAGCAUGAACAAUGGGAUGUGCUUAUUUAAUAACAAGGAUGAACAAAUGAUGAAGUUUGGUCAGAAGCAUUUUGAUUUAUUUUCUCUGCAGUUGCCAACAGAUGGAUAUUUUGAAUCAUAUGAAAAGGAGAUGGUGAGGCAAACAAUCUUGAAGCACGAAUCAACUUUUAGACAUCAGCUUCAAGAACUUCACCGUCUCUACAGCAAACAAAGGGACCUUAUGAAUGAUUUGAGAAUGAGAGAACUGCAAAAGAAUCCAUUGGAGGUAGAGACAUUGCAUUCAACAAGUCGAUGUUUGUCCCACACUCCUCCAGAUGAAGUUAAAAGGACGUGGCAUGUUAAUACUUUUCCUCUAGCUGAUGGCCAAGUGUCCUCUUCAGCCACUCAUUACACUCAGUCUCUUUUUGGAUGUCGAAAACCUGUGAACAGGGCUGACCUCUUUUCUGUCCAAGGCAGCGAAGAAGACUCACACGGUGUUAAUCCCAUUAUACAUGAUGCUUCUUUAAGGAGAAAUGGUUUUCUUGCUGACUUGAAUGAACCAAUAGUGAUUGAGGAUGACCCUCUCAUCUUAGCCUCCAAUGAAAUUAAAAAAGUGGAAAGAAAUGGGGGAGCUUGCCUCAAGCAUAUACAGCCAGCCCACUGCAGAGGGGAUAGGCGGGAGAGGUUGUCUUUUGACAUAAAUACUGCUCCAUGUGAUGAAUUGCCUAGUGAUACCAAGGAAAAAGUCCAGACGAAGAGAACCCUUUUUGGUGUUGUUAUAUCUGAAGGCAAAAGAGAGCCUUUUUUCUCGGCUUCCAGUGGGGAUAUUAUUAAUCCACUAAAGCAUCGCUCAGAACUUAAUGGAGCCAAAGCACACAUGAACGGCAACAUUUGUUCAGCUUCAAGCUCAAAGGAAACGUCUUCAUCAUUGCCUUGGUUCAUAGCAAAGCCACACCAUAACCUUCAGAAGAAUAACAGCAUGGGGGAGAAGAGCAGCUAUCACAUGAAUCUUGAUUUAUUGCAGAAUUGCUCUCAACAAUUCUUUAAGAAACCUGAAGUUAAGAAGAUUUUUGGGGUUCCGAUUUUCAAUCCUUCUGCAGAAUCUGUAGAUAAUUCCAGCAAAGUCAAUGCAGUUGAAUCAGCAAGCACAAAUCAUCCUGAAGAUAUGGGUUCAGGUUUGAAAAACCAGAUUGAUCUUAACCUCUCCCUAGAAGAAGAAGAACAAGAAGUGGGCCCCAUAUUUAUUGAAUCUGAAGGAAGCGCAUGUUUUGAAGAAGUUACUAGACAUGCUGCGGAGGCCAUAGUUUCUAUCUCAUCAUCAGUAGAUUGCCUUAAAUGGUUUGCAGAUUUGAUAUGUUCUCAAGAUAAUAAUGAUUGUGAUGAAAAAUUUAUCAUAAAAGGUGAACCAAAUGAAGAAUCUUCUAUCCUAGAUGGUAUGGAUUAUUUUGAGUUUAUGACACUCAAUUUGAGAGACAUGAAGGAAGAAGGGAAUUGCUAUGAGCCAUCCAUUUUGGAAAGCCAUUAUGAGGAUGAAGACGAAAUAGAAGUUUCUAGACUCAAACGCCCCCGAAGAGGGCAGGCGAGGAGAGGAAGGCAGAAAAGAGAUUUCCAGAGGGAUGUUCUUCCUGGUUUGGUUUCCCUCGCUAGGCAUGAGGUUAGCGAAGAUAUUCUGACGCUUGAAGAGCUACUGAAAAGUACUGGUUCCAUUUGGCAGUCAAGAAUGUCUCUAAGAAAAGCUGCCAAGAAUGGUAAAGGGAGGCGGCAAUGCAGGCCCCUGACAAAAACCGCUAUCUGCCAACCGCCGACAAUCAGCCAGCCCAUAUGUAGUGAAACUAUAUUAGAGAAGACAAGUCUAACCGGAUGGGGGAAACGAACAAGGCGGCUGCCAAGGCAGAGGUUUCCAAACAGUAAUCCCACUCCUAAACAAUGCUGAGGCUCCAUUUGGUACUAAUAAGAGCGACUUACUCUGCCUAUUAGUAUAAGUAACUUUGGACGUGUUUGGUUGAAAUGAAUGUUACCAAACGCUUGUUCGUGGAGUAUUCUGUCAUUUCAGUCCAAUAUAAGCCUUACUAAACGAUGCUAACAUUGCUAUUGCAUUUCCCUGGACUGAAACAGGCACCAUAAGUUGGAGUGUCUAAGCACCUGAAGUUGGUCGUUGUAUAUUUUUAUCGGGAACAUACAAAUGUAUUGAACCAGUAACAUUAUUAUUCAGUAACUAUUGUAUCCUUCUUUAAUUAAAUUGAUGAAUGUGACCAUGCUAUCA